UUGUACUACCAGUACCACAGUUACAGACUACACAAGUGUUUUCACUGUUUUGUACAAGUAGAAGUCGUAGUAGUUAGUACGUGUCGUUGUGCAUCGUUAUAGUUUAUAUUGUGGCCAGGAAGAAAAGGUAUCGGGAUGGCGACAGCAGCGCUGGAGAACAUCAUUGGUCUUGUGGUACCUGAUCAGCGAUGUCGAAACGAGUACAUUACCAAUUUCAACAUUUUCGAUGAAUCUUGCAACAAGAUGCUGAUCAGCAAACUCUUGGGGCUUGGUAUUGUGGCUGGUUCAAUUCUUGUCAAGCUACCCCAGAUCAUCAAGAUAUUGAAAGCCAAGAGCGUUGUUGGAUUGAGUCUGUCUUCAUUUCUUCUGGAAUUAAUGGCAUACAUAUUUACAAUGUCCUACAACGUAGUCCAAGGUUUUCCUUUCAGCACUUGGGGCGAAGCUCUCUUUGUCCUGGUUCAAGCCAUCAUUCAAGUUGCCCUUUUCUUCCACUUUGCCUACUCUCCAGUAGCUGCACUUGCCUUUGUACCCUUGUGCUCUACGUGUGUCUACUUUCUUUGCUCUGGCCUUGUCCCCCUCCAAGUUGUUUCUCUCCUCUUCCAAGCAACUAUUCCACUGACAGCAAGUAGCAAGAUCUUCCAGAUUGGUGCAAACUUCACGAAUGGUCAUACUGGUCAACUGUCAAUGAUAACAUCGUUUAUGAAUCUCAUGGGAACUCUUGGUCGUAUUUAUACAACUUUCCAGGAGGUAAAGGACACGGCUAUCCUUGCUGCCUUUGUUUCCGCUACGUUCUUCAACCUUGUCAUUGUCCUGCAAAUAGUCUACUAUUGGAAUGUGUCUCCAGACCUGGACAAAAAACGGAAAUAAAUACCAAACUAGAAAUUGCCGUGAAUCCUCUUUUCUCUUGCUCCAUCAUCAAUGUUCCAAUUCCAUUUUAUCAUUACCCUUAUACGCGUACCUAUGUAGAGGGUAUGCACACGUGCAUGUACGAGUAGUGUGAAAUGUUUCCUGUAGGGGAUGCACUCACUGCUUGGAAGCCUUACCACCAAUAAUAUACUGUUGUGCUAUUGCAGUAAGGGAAGCAACUCCCUUGACCUAAUGAAAUGAUUAUUAAGAAAAGCAAUUUACGAAAGGAAUGAGAAGAUGAUUAUGUUGUUAUCACUGUUUUCAAUUUUUUGUUUUUGUACUUUUUAAAAUACUGGGUUCGGGUUUUUUUCCCCGAGCUGACCCCUUCUUUGUCGUUAUCAAUGACAGUAGUCCAAAGUUUCUAACAUUCUUGUCUGGAUAGUGCUGCUCUUUACCUUGAACAGGGUGUGUGCAGUGCUUACCAGACAAAUACUACUGUA